CACAAUGUCAAGCUCCAAACUUUUAGUUCAACGUCUUUCAGAAUUUGCUCAAGUGCCUACCAGAGGUUCAGUUCUUGCUGCUGGUUAUGAUCUCUACUGGUAAUAUAUUGUGCCUUUCAAUGGCGAGCCCUGACUAACACAAUGACAUUCAGUGCUCACGAUAUUGUCAUUCCCGCACAAGGCAAGACUAUUGUUGCUACCGAUAUUGCUAUUGCUGUCCCUGAAGGACACUAUGGCCGUGUCGCACCCCGUUCUGGCUUAGCUGCUAAGCAUCAUUUAGAUACUGGUGCCGGUGUGAUUGAUGCCGAUUAUCGUGGACCUGUUGGUGUUGUUAUGUUCAACUUUAGCAAGGUUGACUAUGAAGUCAAGCGUGGCGAUAGAAUUGCUCAAUUGAUUAUCGAAAAGAUCUCUACACCUGAUGUUCUUGAAGUUGAAUCUUUAGAAGAAUCUGCCCGUGGAGCUGGUGGUUUCGGUUCAACUGGUUACCAAUAAAUUAAUAAUAAACUAUCUUGCUUUGCCCUUUUACGCGUAAUACA